AUUUCAUGGAUGUCCACUCCAUUGCUAAUACAUUCCUUCCACUCCUUAUUUUUCUCCAACCCAAUAUUACUUUUUUGAGCUCUUUAAAAACCAUCUUUCCAUUUACAUAAAAUUUUUGUGUUACUAAUCCGUUCUUAAUCUGACCCAUCUUUCGUAGUUCUUCUCCCUCCCCGUUUCAUUUACCGUCUCGCUCUUUGUUAGUUCCUCUCCUGACCAUAUCUCUUAACAACCCCUCGUGAUGGAUCUUUCAGAGAUCCAUCACUUUUUCCAAAUGUUUGAUCAUGAUGGUGACGGCAAGAUCACAAAACAAGAGUUAUCAAAGUCUCUUGAACGUCUUGGGAUGUUAAUACCCGAGAAGGAUCUUGAACACAUGAUUGAUCAUAUUGACACAGAUGGCGAUGGGUCGGUGAACAUGGAGGAGUUUGAAAGGUUGUAUGAAAUGAUAAUGGAGGAGAGGGAUGAAGAAGAGGAUAUUAAAGAGGCGUUCAAUGUGUUUGACAAGAAUGGAGACGGGUUCAUCACGGUUGACGAGCUUAGGUCCGUCUUGACUUCACUUGGCUUGAGACAAGGUCGAACCAUUGAGGAUUGCCAACUUAUGGUCAAGAAGGUGGAUGUUGAUGGAGAUGGGAUGGUGAAUUAUGCAGAAUUUAGGCAGAUGAUGAAAGGUGGUGGCUUUGCAGCCGAGUAAACCAAUUUAUUUAUAUAUGUACCAAACUGUGUUUUGAUGACCCUCUUUAUUUGAUCAAUGUAUCUCUAUGGGAGUCAUAUUGAAUUCAUAUAUCUAUUAUUUCUUUACUA